AUGAUUGCUCCAUGGAGUUUGUCGGUCGCAUUUCGCCUUGUCUUGCUCUUAGUGGCUGCCUCAUCCAAUGUCGCCGUUGCCAGCAACCCCUGGGGCCAUAACCAAGAGGUCGUCACCAAUGAUCAACAGCACCUAAAGGCGUGCGUCUUCGGAUCUCCCAAAAAGUACGACCAGUGGACGAUUCACUACCACGAGGUAAAGCCUUCCACCCAGUUUCCGAGCCAAUUCAUCCUCGAUCCGGCGUGGGUAGAGCGCCAUCAAACCAUCGGCGAUACGGAUCCAGCAUUUCGCUUUGGGUACCAGCUGGGUGCCAUGGGCCGAGAAUAG